AUGGCUUCAAUUGCGCGGUACAUAAGGUCUGCUCGGCCGUCUGGCCUUGCCGCGCUCGCCCAGAGCUCCGUUUCGCGCCGUGUCAUUGCUCGGCCGUUUUCCGUCACAGCCACAAACGCCAUAAGGAAAUACACCAAGGAGCACGAAUGGAUCGACGUGGCGGCCGACAAGAAGACGGGCGUCAUCGGCAUCAGCGACUACGCGGCCAAGGCGCUGGGCGACGUCGUGUUCGUUGAGCUGCCGGAGCUGGGCAAGAAGUUCGCGGCGGGCGACGCCAUCGGCGCCGUCGAGUCGGUCAAGAGCGCCGCAGACAUCAACGCGCCCAUCUCGUGCACCAUCUCGCACGUCAACCUCACCCUCGAGGAGAAGCCCAACGCCAUCAAUCAGGUGCCCGAGGACGACUCGCACGGCGGCGGUUGGAUCUGCAAGGUCACGGUCAGCGAGCAGGGCAUCAAGGACCUCGACAACCUCAUGACCCUCGAGGCCUACGACGAGUUCACCGCCACCGAGGGAGAGGAGGAGCACUAG